AUGCCUCUUUACCCUUGGAAUUUGUCAACUACGGAUUGUCCCGUUCCUUGUAACACUCAUCCUCUUUGCAGAGGAAAUAACUGCAAUGAUGAUGGCCAAUGCACUUAUAAAGCACGCUACGCGAGCCGAUCAGUUGCAUCUGGUAUUAUGGCUAAAGAAAUAUUUACUUUAAGCUCCAGUACUGGUGCAUUUGAAACUAUUGAUUUACGCAUGGGUUGUGGUUUUCGCCAACAGAAUUUUGAACUCUUAUUUGGUAAAAAUCAUUUGCAUGGAAAACCAGAUCUUGUUGCAGGAAUACUCGGCUUAGGAUUAGGGGAAUGGUUUGGUGCAGAUGCAACAAUUGGAGGCGCAUCACAAAAUGUAAGUACAACUCCUAUUGUUGUGCCUGAGUUUCACACGUAUCAGUAUUACUUAUAUCUAGAAGAAAAAGUAGGCUUCCGUAGAGGUACUUUUAAGAUUAAUUCCCGAGGAGAAGGCGGUACUGUCAUAGAUUCUGAUGCUCCAAUAUCCGUGAUGUAUAGAGAUCAUUUUAAUAGAGUUGCAGAUUUAGUGAAGGCUCGUUUUAGAGUGCUUGGAGUUGAAUAUAUUGGGACCCAAGGAGGUUUUGAUGUUUGUUUCCGUCUACGUGGUAGAUUUGAUAUUACUAAAUAUCCUUCUAUGACAUUUCAUUUUCAACAGGCCGAUUAUGUCAUUACAGAUUAUAAAGCUAAUUUUGUAAUGAUAUCCACUGAAAUUGUUUGCUUAGGCCUUUUCCAGAUGGAUGAAAAUAGGCCGGCUUUUAUUUUAGGAACAAUGCAACAAGCUAAUAAAUGA